AUGCCCUUUUCUGGUGCAACCGGACCCUCUGAGGAAUCACUCUGGAGCUCGAGGCCAGCCUGCAGGGAAAUGGAGUCAAAAGUCUCCGAAGGCGGCCUGAACGUCACCCUCACCAUCCGGCUGCUGAUGCAUGGCAAGGAAGUUGGAAGCAUCAUUGGAAAGAAAGGAGAGACUGUGAAGAAGAUGCGUGAGGAGAGCGGGGCAAGGAUCAACAUCUCAGAGGGGAACUGCCCUGAGCGAAUUGUGACCAUCACCGGCCCCACUGAUGCCAUCUUCAAGGCUUUCGCCAUGAUUGCCUACAAAUUUGAGGAGGACAUAACCAAUUCAAUGAGCAACAGCACUGCUACCAGCAAACCUCCGGUGACGCUGAGACUGGUCGUGCCAGCUAGUCAGUGCGGCUCGCUGAUCGGCAAAGGAGGCUCCAAGAUCAAGGAAAUCAGGGAGUCAACAGGUGCUCAGGUUCAAGUGGCGGGGGACAUGCUCCCCAACUCCACGGAGCGGGCGGUGACAAUCUCGGGGACACCCGACGCAAUUAUCCAGUGUGUCAAACAGAUCUGUGUGGUGAUGCUGGAGUCCCCACCAAAAGGUGCCACCAUUCCCUACCGCCCAAAGCCCGCCUCCACCCCUGUCAUUUUUGCAGGUGGUCAGGCCUAUACAAUUCAGGGACAAUACGCUAUUCCACACCCGGAUCAGUUGACCAAGCUCCACCAGUUGGCUAUGCAGCAAACCCCCUUUACUCCCCUUGGACAGACCACCCCCGCUUUCCCUGGAGAAAAGCUGCCCUUACAUUCCUCCGAAGAAGCUCAAAAUCUGAUGGGCCAAUCAUCAGGUUUGGAUGCCAGUCCCCCGGCCAGUACUCAUGAACUCACCAUUCCCAAUGAUCUAAUAGGCUGCAUAAUCGGACGCCAAGGGACCAAAAUCAAUGAAAUUCGGCAGAUGUCAGGAGCGCAGAUCAAAAUCGCCAAUGCUACGGAAGGGUCAUCAGAGCGCCAAAUUACCAUCACAGGAACCCCUGCAAACAUCAGCCUCGCGCAGUACCUCAUCAACGCCAGGCUGACGUCUGAGGUCACUGGAAUGGGCGCACUCUAA